GCUUGGGCUUCGACUCCGGCAUGGCGGCGGCGAAGCAAAAGCCACAAACAACAGCCGCAGCAGCCAGUUGUCUAGAGCACAUUUCUCGGGCCAUGCGGCGAUCGAGAGAGGGACGCACAUCCACGGAAGAGUGCGACGAGAAAAUGCGCAGAAAACAGGAACAUCGAAGAGAGAUCAACUCCCAGGCCCAGGUGUGUGACAUUGACAACAUCAUGAGCGCGGACACAAUUGGCACUGCCAGGGACAACGCGUCCAAGCAGCAUGAGAUGUGGAGCACUCAAGCGGAAGGCACGUGUUUCGUCAAGGAACUUGACAUGCCAGAGCAGAUCCUCAUGCAACUAGGCAAAACGCCGCCCGCAGUUCUGGGCGCAGGUGACUUGUCCCGCCAGGGAGAGUCAUGUGCCAUUCCACCCAUUAAGACACGGUCCUUAGUUUCCGAGGACGAAGAGGAAAGUCUAAAGGCCAAGGAAGUCAACAGCAAGGUGGCGGAAUUCCACAGUGAUGACACAAGCGCAGGCUUCGAGGAUUACGUGGACUUCACGAUGGAGGUCAUCUCGCUCAUAUCUUUCGUUGACACGUGCUAUACUUGGACAAGGACAGAGUGCAAUUGCAAUCUGAGUGCGCUCCUCACUGCUCAGAACCCGAAGAAGCUUUCCAAAGCGAAAGUGUUCGGCAUCAAGUGGAGCUUUUCAAUGAUGCUCUUCGUGAGAGCAGACGCAAGAGCCAAGACGAGCGCCAAUCACGUGAUUGACCGGAUCCUCAAGACCGAGGCAUUCAGGAGUUUGGCUCUCCAAAUCCACCCCGACAAAUCCACGGACCCACGCGCACCAGAGGUACGGCAGGUACCUGUGGUUCCAGACAAUGGCGGCUGGGUGAGCGUGGUUCGGAAGAAGGCGCUGGCUUUGAAAGAUGUGCUGGAAGUGGAUGCCUGUGGCCACUUUGAUGAGGAUGGCUUGGAUGUGCCGCCUUUUGUUUAUGGCGGUGGCUUGUUUCCAAAGGAGCCUCCAGUGGAGGAGAUCUUCGCUGCCGAGGAUGAGACCAUUGCCUGCGCGGCAGUGCAAGAAGACGGCGCCAAUGCCGGCUCCGCUUUCGGUCCUGCGGUCAUGGAUGGUUCAUUCCAAGCAAGCUGCGCCUUCCAAAACUUGGAGGCAUUGCCGAGAUUGCCGCUGUCCAUUGAUCAGGUGCAAAACUUGGGGCAAGGCUUCUCGCCAAAGGUCUGCGUGGUGGCGAUGUUGGUGGAUGUGGGAUGGGAGCUGGCGGAGUC